AUGCAGUGGCACCGCAUCGCCGCCCAGCUGCCCGGCCGCACCGCCGACGCGGUGCGCAACCGGUGGCAGCGGCUGCAAAAGUCGCAUUCGCUCGGCGAGACCGAGGAGGGGCGCGCUGCCCUCGACACGAUGCUGAUCGCGCACGGCUUCGACAAGGACUGGGGCGUCAAGGCCGUGUGGACUGCCCACGAGGACCAGCUCAUCGAGGAGGGCGUCCGCCGUUUCGGCCACAGGUGGCGCCAGGUUGCCGCCUCGCUGCCCGGCCGGUCCGACUCGUCUGUCCGCAACCGGUGGACGAAGCUGCAGCGACCGGGCGUCAAGGCCGUGUGGACUACCCACGAGGACCAGCUCAUCGAGGAGGGCGUCCGCCGUUUCGGCCACAGGUGGCGCCAGGUUGCCGCCUCGCUGCCCGGCCGGUCCUACUCGUCUGCCGCCAAGGACGCUUUGGCCGGUGGACGCAACGCCACCGGGUACGAGGGAGUGCUCAAGCAUACCUCUGGCCGCUUCCAAGCGCGGCACAGGGUGGGCGGAAGGCAGGUCUACUUGGGCACCUUCGACACGGCGGUGGAGGCGGCGGUGGCGUACGCGCGGGGCGUUGGGCCGGGGCCCACCGAGGCGGAGGCUGAGGCGGCGGAGAGGCGCCGUCGCCAGGAGGCCCCGCGCUGGCGUGUCGAGAUCCGUCGUCACCCAAUAUACGGCACGGUGCGCAAGGGCGGCUUCAAGACCAAAGGCACCGCGCUCGUUUUCCGCGACUCCUACAUCACCACCGGCAAGGCCCUCCUCACGCGCGAGGCGGCCGCCGUCUUCGGGCAGAAGGAGGAGCUGGCGGCGCGGGCGGCGAUGCCCGAGGCGCACGAUCGGCAGGGCGAGGAGCUCGAGGCGGCGCUGCGCUCAGCGCUGCGGGGCGCCGCAGAGGGCACGGCAAAGGCGGAGGGUGCGGCGGAGGGCCUGGCGGAGGCCGCGGUGGAGGCGGAGGCUGCUACAGAUGCUUUCGGCCGGUGGACCCGGGCUGUGGCGACCCUCCGGCCGUACUCGCUCGAGUGCGCGUGGCACUACGGCGCCAAGCCCGACGUGGAACAAUGCGAUUGGAAGUCGGCUGCACGCGCAAAGCUCGCAAAGGCCAACGAGCUCGCAAAGGCCGCCGAGGCGGCGCUCGUCGAGGAAGCCGAGGAGGCUGCCGCCGCCGCCAAGGAGUGGACCGAUGCGCUGGUCGUCGACGCCGCCACCAUCGUGCUCGAGGCGAUGCGCGCGCGGCUGCCGUUCACCGCGUCGACCGGCGGCGGCGACUCCUGUAUGAGGCUCCAAUGGGUCCGCAAGCUGCUGCUCGAGUGGGUGGGGACGCUGGACGGUUUCGACGAGUCGCUUCUCGAGGACCGGGCGUUUCUGCGUUUGGUUCGCACGACGGCGUACGCGUGCCUCGCGUUUCGCGAGGCCGCGGCGCUGAUCUGCACCGGCCGGCUGACGCUCUGGAUCCGCGCUCGGCAGCAGGCGUCGCUGUGGGAAGUGCUCAAGUUCUCCGGGCUAUGCAGCUCGCAGUGCUUCGAGACAGUGCUCGAGGUCGCCAAGGCGCUCGAGCGGGCGGCGGGCGAGUACGGCCGAGCAAUGGCGUCCAGGCUGCUGCUCGCCGCGUCCGAGUCGCCGCACAUUUGCACCGGGUACACAAUGUAUUUCGAUCACUAG